AUCAAUAAAAUGUAUGGGUGUAAAUUAAAUUGUGCUCUGUUUUUUUUUAAACGAAUCUGCUGAUGGCGUAGCCCAGACUGUACUGCAGCAGGAAGGGGAUGUCAAGGGCUUUGGGUUUGACAGCGCAGGUGCGAGCAGGUGAAACAAUUGAACUGUAUGGGGCAGAUCUGCGAAUAGCAUCUACAGAAUAUUGUUUUGGGGAUACGUGUUAUAAACAUCGUAUCCCUCUAAAACCAGGAGUUAUGCUGUUAUAUUCAUUAACUAAACCGAAUACGAGACUUGACUGCGAAAUUAAGUAGCAAAAACGAUGUUAAAAAAACAAUAAAGAUGAAGAGACACAGACGAGUCUUAUUUUGGCUGUUAAACUUUACUAAGCGUUUUGAAAACCAUAGUGGACUUAGCUCAGAGGUUAAAAACACUGAUCCCGCAACAAGAGAAACGCCUCUGAACUGACUGAAACUUCAAAUCAUAAAACGUACAUAAACAGAGCCAUGGGACUGGCACCGAGCGAGCCGUGCAUCUAUGAGAAGCUGUCUGAAAGUGUCGAUAUCCUGAGGCGAUCCGGGUAUCGAUAUGGAAUGUCGGAGAGGGAGAUCGAGAAGUUCAUAAAGCAGAUGCUGGAAACGAGUGAGCCCAGGCGAGAGCCGCCCCAGUUCCCCAUCCUGCUGGCAGCGUGCAAGCUUGUAAUUGCACUGGGGUUCCUCUUGGUGGCAGUGCUGGCAUUCACCUACCCUCUUAGCUCUCCACAGUACAGGUUCCCCGUGGGUCGUGCUCACAACUGGUCCUCUCCCAUCAGCCACGUGCGCCUCCUGUCUCUGCCCAUUGCCAAGAAGUACAACCUCCAAGGGUUCCACGAGUGGUGGAGAUCCCAUAAGAAGGGGCGCUCUGGAGCUGCAGUGAACUGCUCCGAAUGUGCCUCAGUGGCGGCUGUGCUGGAGGUGUGGCAGGGUCAGGGCUUCCCAGACUGCAUUCUUCAGGGCGUGCAGCCCGUAAUAAUCGAGGGGGGCCAGUCCUUAUCCCUGUCCUAUGGAGACCUGGAGCAGCUCUACUCCAGGCAGCAGGAGUUCAUGGACCUUUUCAUCCGGGAGCAGGAAAACCUGAUCGUCCUGACGCAGGAAUUCCCAAAGGAACCGUCCAACUUCAUACUGCUGUGGAAGCCCCAGCUGGUGAGCCAUCAGGAGGUGCUGCAGGGGCUGUUCCCCAGUGUGGAGCUGCAGAGAGUCCUGGUCAGGGAGGGGGUCUCUCUGAAGCGCUGCCUGGUGACAGACAGCCAGGGGCUGCAGAGCAGGGCCCUGCAGGUGUACAGAUGGCUGGUGGUGGGGAGCGGGCAGCCUUCGCUGAGAAUCCUCCCACUCACAGAGUGCCGAGGGCAGUGCAGCUCCUUCAACUUGUGGCUGGAACCAGGGGACGUGGUCUAUGCAGAUUCCAAGUUCUGGCAGAUGGACCUGUUUCCAGGCCGGGGACAGAGCAUUGUUUGUGACGGCUUUGCUUUCUAACCAGCCCCUGUGAAAAGAUAAGCGGACGCCAGCCAGCUCUUGCAGUGAAACCACAACGUCUGUCUGUCUGUCUGUCUGACUUGUCUGCUGAUUAAGGACUUUACCAGGAAGCCCCUAAACCAGGCCCUCCAGAACUGUGAUUGGACCCCCCCUGCACUAAACGGUGCCUACACAGCCAGCUGCCUGACUUCACCAGCGCUGGCCAAAAUGCAAGGAGAAUCUCGUAAACAACAGACGUGACCAGCGAAACUCUCUCCAAAUCUGUAUGGCAGUCUGUCAGUGAGAACUGUAGUGAGCUGUAUUUAAAUGUACGUCUGUUUUGAAUUAGCAGCGAACAGUUUAAGGAAUGGCUGUCUCAAGGGCCCUAUCGAAUCGCUACAAUAGCAACGAGGCUGGACCUGGCACUCUGAACCCAUACUUAUUGGAAAGGUCCUGUGUUUGUAUCCCUGAGUCAGUCCUGUGCAGUAACUGAUCUGCUUAGCAGACUGUGCAUUACUGAAUCAGGGUUGGGUCAGUUUGCAGAAGUCUGUCUUCGUGCAGAGUAUAUAGAAUAAAAGAAACACUACAACUGGUUUCACACAAGCCUGCUUUUGUUUUGUCCUGCUGUAUUUUUCAUUCUGAAUAUUCUUCUUUUUGAUUAUUUUUGGGCUCUAGUGUGUGUCCGAUACUUUUCAGGUCAGUCCGCGCGCGAGUGAAAGGUUUACCCCCGUGGUUUGCACAUCACCCAGAUGCUCCCAUCACUCAAAUCUCUCUGAAGGGUAAAGGGAGCCUGCGCAGUUUGAAGGGCAGGUCUGUCUGCCCUGCGGAAUGUUCCACGCCUCAGCUAUGUCGCUCAUGACAUCAUCGCACCUGUCCCAAUGAGCUCAGCCCCUCUCCCCCGAGGGCACCAGUUUCCUCUGGGGGUCCCGGCUGCUUCUCGCUGGCUUCCACAACGCAUGGAACGCAUUAUCCUGUUUUCCUGCAAAAAUCUGAAUCUCUGGGUUUUAUUGCAUAACAAAGACUAAGCCUCAUGUCUUAAGUGGUAUUCAGGUAUGUGGAGCAUGGUCUUCAUCAUUCCACCGUGCUUAACUGUGUGUGCAUAUCAUUACUAUACACUUCCAGCACUGUAGCAGCCAUUCAUGGGCAUUUCCUUUUCCAGCUAAAUCACUUCUCCCUGCAUUCUCCGCAGGCAAAAUCAGCAAGAUGACAAUUGUUAUUAAUAUUAUUAUUUAAAAAAAAAAAAAAAGUAUUGCUUAAUUGUUGCAAUUAAAAGUAUUGUUUAAUUGUUGUGUAAUUCCUCAUUGCAUACAGCCAAAGAUGCAAUGAAGAGUUAUACAACUUACAGCUUAGGGAGUCUAAGGUCUUGAAUUUGGGGUUGUCUCGCUGUUAACCUGUAGAGCCCCACACCACAGGUUAAGUGUCAGUGCCCUUGUGUUUGGUUAAACGUUUUCAAAUAUUUGUAUUGGGAGAUGUGUAAAGAAUUUGAAUAAUCUAAAAAAAAGUGUAAAAAUACGUUAUGUAAAAAUAUUGGUUUGGAUUGGAUGUAAUCUUUUUCUCCAAAGGUUUGGAUAAUGUU